UAUAAACAACAUAUUUAACCAACACGACAAAAAACACAUAUCUGAGAACGCAAAAGUAUCGCUAUAGUCACACUCGUAUCGACUCGAUACCGAUUCUAUUGUUGUAGUGAUCCCACCACCUCUAUCAGACAGAAGUGACGUGAAAGAGUGAAAGUUGGACUUAAUUAUCUUCUGCUUUGUUAAGUUAUGACUCGGUUCUGUUCUACUAAGUAUGACACGUGCCCCCCCAAAAACAUCCCAACGCUGACGAUCUUUAGAUUUCCGGAGGUACUUGAAGGCAGCACUUAACGCUACAUUCCAGGUGUUUAAAAAAACAUAGAAAGUGUUUCCAAACGUAAAGCAGACGAGUGUAUACCGUAGCAAGGUGUGUGAGGACGCAGGACGUCACAGCCCCCUUCACUUUGGAGGAUCUAAUCAUUAACCUAAACCUGACGGAGGCAGGAAGGUGAUCUUUGGCACCGCUUUCUUUCCUUGGCUCGACUUUUUCAUUCCUCUUGACUGCCGCAGAGCACAUUUAUCCUCUUUCACCUUGGCCAUACACGUAAGCAGCUGAAGAAGAGAAAGGAAGAAAGAAAGAAAGAAAGAAAGAAAGAAGGUGACUUCUUCCCACCUGAGCAGGUCACCUGACUGACACUUUACCGCCAAACGUCCUCCAACGUGGCGCCAUGUCCCCAAUGAUGGACGCAAACACAGCAAUCCACGACGAUGAGGGCGCCGCUAAGAAGAUGGUGGGCGUGCUGGAGACGUUCCGUAAGAGCAUCCGUAUGGCGGCGGAGAAGAGCCCGCUCCUGCCUGGACAGAGAGGGUUAAAGGUCAGCGAGUCAGGGUCGGGGCACUCCAAAGCUCCGCCCUCUCCCAGUGUCACGUCCCCUCUGAAGACCGUGGUGGCGCUCUUCCAGACGAAGGACGAUGACGGCGAGAAAGGCAGAGCCAUGAUGUGUUCAAAGACAGAGCCCAACAUGGCACCUUUGGACUCCCUCCUGAAAAAGGGAGCAUCCAUCCGCCGCAGCCUGAAAUUUGCCUCGUGGAAGGACAAGAAACAGGAGGCCUUUGUCGGCGUCCAGGAGGGGGCUUCCAAGGAGGAGGUGAAGGAGAAUGUAGAAGAAGAGGAAGUGGAAGAGGUGUGGGAGGAGAUGGAGGAGACUUACACGCUGCCUGAAUUACCUCACACGCCUCUGUCAGUGAUGCAGAUCAACAAGCUGAUCGAGAUGGAGGUCCUGGAGGAGGCCCACCUCAACCUGCUGGCCCUGCGCGUGGAGUUCCAGCAGGAAUGGCAGCGCUGCGGCCAGGACUCCUCCAUGGAGCUAGCCAAAAAGGAGAAGGACCUUAGCAUCCUCUACGCCGACCUGCGCCACAAGCUCAUGUCCAUCGUGCGUACAUCCGUCUCCCUCCCCUCCAGGAACAAGGGCCUACUGGUCCACGUGGCCCGCAUCGUCCAGGAGGAGGACAAGCGAGCUCAGGAGCCCGGGGGUCUCCAAGGGAGCUGGAUGGAUGCCUGGAGGGAGGCUGUGGGGGAGGGGGUGAGGGAGAAAGUGGAGAGCAUCCAUCUGGAGCAGAGCCACCUGAACGCCUCGUGGCUGGCCGUGCACCUGGGGCUGCUGGGCAAGGCCGUGGUGGAGGACCUGGAGAUGGUGAAGAGGGACAUCCGCUGGUCCUACCCUCCCAGCUUCAGGGUCUUCAGCACCUACGUGGAGAGCUACCACGCCACCAUUAGGCAGCACCUCAAUAAGCUGCUGCAGCAGGCCACACACCUCAAGGACCUCUACGCUCUGCUGGACUGGAUCGUCCACCGCUACCACAGUGAGAGGAUCAUGGGAAGUCCAGCCCUGCAGCCUGACAUGAAAGACGAGAACCCCGAUCUGCAGCUGGACGAGGACUUCCUGCUGCAGCUGACAGAGAAGUUCUGCACCACAGUGAAGGAGGAGAUGAAAGCUUUUUUGGAUCGCCUGAUUGAGCUUGAAAACGAGGACAUGUGGACCUCCAGACAGCACCCUGACAAAGAGGAGGACUUCUUCAACUCCGACUUCCACAUGGACAUCUGGACGAAAGUGAAAGGAAACGUCGUCAACGCUCGACGCAUCGACGCGCAGCUGGAGCAGAAAGUCAUAAUUUCAUGUCUGCAGGAGCUGAAAGAUUUCCCAAAAAGGUUUGAUGCCGCCUUCCAGCAGUACUGCUCACCUCUACGUCCUCAGACGCUGUGGAGCGAAUACCACGUCACGUACAUCAACAGCUUCACCGCUUUACUACAUCACAUGGAGGCGUACGAGCACCAGUGUGCAGGUCUUGUGGAGACCCUGAAGAAGGAGGUGAUGUGGCUCCUCUACAAGCUCCUGCAAGGCCUGGAGGAUCAGUUCAAGGAGGAGGUCAAGCCUUACUUGAGGAGGAUGAUGACGAGGAAGUGGCUCACUAACGACGAUGACUUCAAUCAACUGUUCACCCGCACCGAGCUGCUCUCACGGCACUGCGAUGCCAUGAGGCCGCCGCACGGCCAGGUGCUUGCUGGCCGGCUACACCACCACGUGAUGAAGGAGUACGUGGGCCAGCUGAUGAAGAACAACUACUCGUGCAAGAACCGCAAACACGAGAAGGCGGCUGCCACGAUGAGAGCGCAGUGCUCCAAGCUCAGAGAGCUCUUCCAGGACAUGAGGUCGUCAGAGGAAUGGCUCUACCCUGUUGGAGACCGCCUCAGUGACAUUAUCGGUCAGAAGGACAAGGCGGACAUCAAGAACCACCUGCAGUCUCUGCUGGAACAAUAUCCCGACUUUAGUUCCACACACCUGACGGCCGUGCUGACCUUCCGAGGCCUGCUACGAGGUCGCGAGCACCAGCAGAUCCUGCUGAGGCUCAGGCAGCUGAGGAAGACGGCGGCCAUCGCCACAGCCUUAAAAGACUGUGACGACAAACACAGGUGGUUCUUCCGCAGCAUGGAGGUCACGGUUCACACGGACUGUCUGUCCAACGUCUCCUUCUUCUGCCUGACCUUAAUCCGCCACAGGAGAUAGUCCCUCUGCACUUUUCCACCUGAGAGACGUACACGUUGGACUAAAAGUGGGUCAACAUCUGCUUUGCGUUUGAAACAAAGAUUCUUGGGCCAACAGCGUGUUGAUGAUGAUCUACUAGACCCGGGGUCUCCAACCUUUUUUUCUUGUGAGAGCUACUUUUCCAAAAUGAAAAUGGCUGAGGGCCACUCAUUUUUGGAACAUUUAUUUUCAUAGUUUAUUUCCACCCAAAAAAGCUGAAUAACUGUGUUUCACAAGAACAUUAAGAAAAUGUUGGUAUCCACAACUCACAUUUUGUAUUAAAACACCAACAGAGAAAAUGUGCCCAUAUUCAUUUCUUAUUUCAAAAUGCAUUUCUUUCUGAACUGAAACCAGGCUUGCAGGCGCCUCAUGUGGUUGUGGUCAUCUUCUUACAACCAUAGUUAUCUCACUGUUAUUUGUAACACUCACUUUUUGAUGAGUUCAUUGGGUCUUUUUUGUCUCUCAAAUUGAAUACUUCAGUCAGUACACUUCAAUAAAUAUACGGUGUACACUGUGUACUUAGUUCCUGAAUGUGUGAAUUCUGAAUGAAGAUCACAAUAUUUACUGUACCUCCUUCUUCUUCUCUUCUUUUUAAUGGUAAAUUGCAACCACCCCACAAAGCACUAUUGGCAACAUUU